GCCGCGCAGAGGCCGCCGGGACGACGCCAACCGCCGCCAUUUUUUAAAACGGUCGGGGCCUUUCCAGCGAAGCGGGAAGUCGCGUCCAGCGUCGUUGACGUAGGUGACACGGUGAGAGGGGUAAUGGAGGAGCUGAGUUUCUCGGAGGAGGAUAUUCGGAGCCAACUCGCUGCCCUCGGCUACCAUAACGUGUCCCAGGGGAGGCUGCGCGAGUUCCAAAAAGACCUGCAGCAGUUGAUCCAGCAUGAGCGGUCACGGUCGGGAUCGUCCAGUGCCUCUGUGAACGGGCACAACCCCUCAUUGCCAUCCCGUGGUGCCAUCCUGCCUGCACAUGAGAGGGCUUGGCUCGAGCCUGAUUCGAGGCGGCCGCGAGUGAGCCGGAGUGAAGUGAGGGACCCGUACAUACGUCACACAACGCACGUCCCACGAGGCAGCUCCCCCACCACGGGGCUCUCGCCCCUCCACGCUCCGAGGAAGACGCAGCUGCCCGCGUAUGAGGGGGACCCGCAGAUCCCGGCCACCAAUCAUAGCUCACCCGAGGAGCCUUCCUUUGUUGACAGCAGGCGCCCAGUCUCCGCCACUGAAUUCAGGAAACCUGCGAUCAAGCGCAAAGUGCUCAGGAGGUAUAAUGGAGAGGUGCAAGUUUUUGACGAGUCCACGGCGACAGAAAGCGAUGCAGAGACGACAAGCGAGUUUGAGUUCAGGCAACCGCCAAUAUCCCUGGAGAGUGACUCCGCGUCGCAGAGUGAAGAGAGUGAGAGAGCAGGCGGUGCCCGGGGGCGAAGGGAAAUCCAGACUCGACUGCCACCCUCACGGUGGACUUGGAGAUCGGCGAGUGAGGAUAGAGCUUCAGUCCAAGAUCAUCCACCCUCCUUCAUCAGACCCCAGAUGAAUCAUCCCCACACAAGAAACUUGAAAAAGACCGACCCCGUUGCAAAAUAUUUACAGUACAAGCAAGAAUGGGAGAAUUUUAAACCGCCUGGUGAAUGUAACCGAAAGAAUCUCCGUUGGAACAUCCGGGAACAUAUGCUUUACAAAGAAGAACCGCUUCCUAGACCCCAGCGUGUCUUCGCCCCAAACACGUACGUGGUACCGACGGAGAAGAAGCGUUCGGCGCUGCGCUGGGAGGUACGGCACGACAUGGCGCGGGGAAACGCGCCGCAGUCAUUCUACUGCCCCCUCUGAUGUGCGACUGUCAACGGCGCGCGCGCGUCUCUCUGCGUUGGCGAGGCGUUGACGUGUCUUAACCAAGAAUCACCUGUGUGGUUUGCAAGAGAUUUUGUCGAGGGUAAGCCUGUAAAUAAAAUGGUUUGAAAGCAACUAUUCACUUGAAAAAUUAAGUUGCGCUAUUUAUUUUUUGUUUAUUUGUUUUGCAUUGGAAACGAUGGGUUACAUUACUCCUGGGUGGAUUUUCGACUGUCUUCUGACAUUGUGGCAUGUUAUUUGUGUACUCGUUUUAAGUCCCAUCAUUUCAAAUGUACAAAUUGUUCAUAUGUUGUCAGUUUUUAGUCGGUUUGGCAUUGACAAUGGCUUGUAGUGCAGCAAGAAGGAGAGAUCUGCAAGGGGGCAGGUGUAAUUAUCAAUGUUUCACCUACAAAACCUUUCAUUUCUUGAGCGAACAAGGUGGCAUUUAUAUUGGUUCUUUCGGUAAAGUCACGUAAAAUGAAAAUAAUAUGAAUAAAACAACACCAAUAAAACAACACAAGCAAUCAUCAUCAGGUGUGAAAACCACACCUGAUGAUGAUUGUUUGUGUUGCAAUCGAAACGUGGUGAGAAUUAAAUUGUUUUAUUAUUUAUUAUUUCCCUUCUACGUGACUUUACCGAAAGAACCAAGAAGAUGAAUCCCUGCAGUCACGAAAGCUUUAAAUCGAAAUUUAAGGUGGCAUUUGUCUGAAACUGUAUGGCCAAGGAUAUCUGUAUGCUGUAAUAGUUUUAAAUGUUGGCACACGUGGGUUAUCUUUAAUUCAGAAUACAAUAUUGUUUCUAAAUAUCGUACAUGAGCAUCUAAUUGUACUCUGCCUUGCGAAAUUUGAUUUUUGUGGCGAGGUUUGUGUUUGCACACGUGUAUCCAUGCAGUCUAUUUUAUAGAGAAUAAUGCUCUGUACAAUGGGGGAAUCAUGUACAUCAUGAAUUCUGUUUUAAAUGUUUUUAUAUGUUGUGCUUUUUUACGAAUCAAAAGAUAAAAUUGCCUCGUUUUUCUUGGAGGCCUGGAUCCUUGCAGUCUGAGAUAUUUUGAUAUGAAGUUAAAUAAUAAUCAUUUAUAACUGAAUGCUCUGGAUGUGUUUGUGCCAAGUAUUUUGUGUGAUGUGCCAAUAGUGACUGACUUCAAAAUUAAAUUACACUUCAUCUUUAAGGCAGACUUUAGACAUUUUUCCUGCUCCUGUAACUAUGCAACAAUAUC